AUGGUAAAGCUUCAUAUUAAGAAAGGAGACGAAAGUCAAUUUUUAUUUGAAACAAAUGUUGAUGUAGAAAUUGACAAGCUUAUCGAAGAAUUAGUUGCUAUUUUUAAUGGUCGAUUAAAAAUUACCCGGCUUUGUUAUGAAUUGGAAGAACUUGUUAAACAUGGUACUUUUUUUCCACCUGAAAUUCUUGGCUUGACUGAUGAACAAGUUGAGGAAUUGCAUUUGGUUGAUGAAUGGGGAGAUAAAUGUGUUCCAAGUGGAGGAUGGACUUUUAAUAAAGAUCCCAUUGGUAGAAGAAAUGGUCAUCAACCUAGUGAAGCCAUGCAAAAAGUUAUAAACAAAACUAUGGAAGAAGCUAAAGCUUUAAUUUCGAAUAAAUUAGUUCAAAAUAAUACUAAUUUAACUUUAAAAAUGGUUCAGUCUGCUCUAGACAUGCUUCGUGGAGCUGUUACUAUAGUUUAUCCUAUGGGUCUACCUCCCCAUGACCCCAUUAGGCAGGAAUUGGAAAAUAAUGAAGAUUUAACUGGCACUCAAGCAUCUUUAGAUGUUUUAGAACCAUCUAGGACAACUAUUUGGUUUAGCGGUAAAGAAAUGAUGAGAGGGAAACCACUUCAUGCAUACAUUGGGAAAAAUGAAAAAACUAAAGUAAUAGUUAAGUUGCAGAAAGUUGGACAGGGAGCUCCUCAAAGAGAGCCAGUAAUGUCUGAAGAUGAAAGGAAAGCUAUGAUGUUGCAUGCAUACAGAAGGCAAGAAGAGCUCAAAUUCAAAUAA